AUGAGCAAGUCGACAGUCGGUUGGUCAUUGCCGGAGAUCUCGUCUUUGCCGGAGGUCUCGACCAACCCUGAAAGCACAGUUGUUGGUGCUGCGGAUUUUGCUCCCGAAGUCCUCCUGAUGAAAAGCCUGCUGCCGUUCAUGAGUGUGGAGGCUCUGCUGUUUUGGCGCGUGCUGUCGACGCAGACCAGAAGCCCCCAGGCCUUGCUUAACCACGUGUCCGAGAUGGGCAGCUUGGAGAGGAAGAGAGCUUCUUCAAUGCUCCACUUGUUUUUGCAGUGUUCGGGAAAGAAGCCGAGCGGAAUUCUGAAUGCUCCGUCGUAG